AUGCCUAAUUUAUGUAGUUUGACAGUUCAAACAAUUAACGAUAGUUCUGUUGAUGGACAUCAAUGGGAACAAAUUAUUCGAAAUCACUUAAUCAAACUCAAACGAUUUCGACUCAAAUUAGCAAGAAAACUUGUGAACGAUAGGAAUUGGCAACAACAUCUCGAUGAACUUAUUGAUUCAUUUCGAAGUCGAUUUUGGCUUGAGGAACGUCGUUGGUUUGUUCAAUGUGAUUGGGAUCCAGAUGUUGCCGCAAUUUAUUUAUACACUUUGCCGUAUGCUUUUGAUCGUUUUACAGGACAUUUUCCUCUUUUGUUCAAAUCGACUUGUCCGCAUAAUAAAUGUCAUUGUUCCUAUGAUCGUGUACAUCGACUUAAAUAUAUAUCUUCUCCAUCUGAAGACGUAAACCAGUCCCAUAUUAGCUUUUCUAACGUUCAAGAUCUUACUAUUUAUUUUCCUAUCAAUAAUCAUUUGUGGAUGAUCGUUCCAAGAUUUCAUCAAUUAACCUUACUUUGUGUGGCAUGGUAUAAUUAUGAUCAAGAUUUUCCAAGUCAAUUACAAUUGCUGCUUGAUCGAGCACCUCGUCUCCAUUCCUUAAGCGUUGAAACAUGGCGAUCAUACCCUACACAAAUCGCACCAUUCGAAAUUACGCAUGCUUCGAUUCGAAGACUCGAUUUUUACAACUAUCAUUACCAUUAUAACAAUGAAGACUGCAGAAUAUUGAGCGGUUCGCCAUUAGGGAUACAGUGUGAAAUACUUCGUAUCUCAGUUGAAAAUCGAACAUGUGUAGUGGAUCUUGUUAACAAAAUGUCUAACCUUCAUCAGUUGAUAGUUCAGUGCCGAGACGAUACGCAUACAGAACAGUCAAUAGUGAGUCCAGAUGAACUUGUUGAAUGGUUGCAACAUGAGUUGCCAUCGACAUGUGCAAUAACAAGAAACAUUCGUUUAUCAAGUGAAAUUAACUUGUGGAUUGGUUAA